CUUUGGCCAGCAGUAAUUAUUACUCUUUAGUGGGAGAGCAGCUGGGCUUUGCCAGAUCGGGUUUAGUCACGGAUCGCCAAUGCUUUGGUCAGGAACGUACGCCAUGCAACACGCUAGUUGGAUUCUCGGCUCGCUCUGGCUCGCGCUUCAGUGCAUGCGGGUGGCCGGGGGCUAUCUGGAGGACAACUUUCCGGCCAGCGUGAUAGAGGACGCCCAUCUGAGCACGAUGCAACUCUUGGAGAAGUACAAGUAUCCGGCAGAGGCCCACCAGGUGACCACCGAGGACAAGUACGUCUUGACCAUUCACAGAAUUCCACGACCAGGGGCCCAGCCCGUCCUGCUGGUACACGGCCUGGAGGACACCUCUUCCACCUGGAUAUUGAUGGGUCCGCACAGUGGUCUGGGAUACUUUCUGUACAGCCAAGGCUACGACGUGUGGAUGGGCAAUGUGCGAGGCAACCGCUACUCGCGCGGCCACCUGCAGCUGAACUCCAACACGGACCGCGCCUACUGGACCUUCUCCUGGCACGAGAUUGGGAUGUACGACCUGCCCGCCAUGAUAGACGUUGUCCUUGCCAAAACGGGCUUUCAGAAACUCAGCUACUUCGGGCACUCCCAGGGCACCACUUCGUUCUUUGUGAUGGCGUCUAGUCGCCCCGAGUACAACGCCAAGAUCCACCUGAUGAGUGCUCUGGCGCCAGUUGCCUUUAUAGCGCACGUAAAGGCUCCUCUCUUGGGCUUAGCCAGAGUUGGCAUCAACCUUCUGGGCGAGUCCUUUGAGCUAUUCCCCCAUUCGGACAUAUACCUCAAGCAGUGCGUGCAGUCGGCCGGCAUGCUCAAGACCUGCCUUCGUUUCUACUGGCAGGUCAUCGGAAAGAACCGCGAAGAACUCAACAUGACCAUGUUCCCCGUGGUGCUGGGCCAUCUCCCAGGUGGCUGCAAUGUCAAGCAAGCCAUGCACUACAUGCAGCUGCAGAGAUCUGAUCGGUUCUGCCAGUACGACUACGAAGCUAAGGAGAAUCAGAAGGUGUAUGGGCGCACGACGCCCCCCGACUACCGACUGGAGAGGGUUACUGCACCGGUCGCGCUGUAUUAUGGCAGCAAUGACUAUCUUUCCGCUGUGGAGGACGUUCAGCGCCUGGCCAAGAUUCUGCCCAAUGUGGUGGAGAACCAUCUGUACAAGAAGUGGAACCACAUGGACAUGAUGUGGGCCAUUAGUGCCAGGCGCUCGAUUCAGCCCAAGCUGCUCGAAGUAAUGAAGUACUGGGAGUCAGUUGGUGGCAGGAAGAAUGCCGAGGCUACCACUAGUUUUCCGGUGGAGGAAGAGGUUCCACAGCCGGUAACAGACCCUGCCCCCGAGGGGGAGAACGAUGUAGGAGAGAGCUAUGAUGAUGAAACUGAAGUUGAAGGAAUAAAUGAGAAAGGGCAGGAAGAUGGAAAAGGACAGGACCAACAGCAGGACGAAGCUGUUGAGCCACCUUCCGAGGAGUAAAGUUGGAUUUUAUGAAUACUUCCUGGUCUAUUUCUGAUAUUUAAAUAAAAACAGGCGUUUGCCUUCACGUUAA